CAGAGUUCGCUUCAAGAACAUACCCUCAAAAUGAGUUUGAAAAAAUGGGAGAAUGACGAGGAAAUUAAAAUAUUCCGGGAAUAUUUAAGAAUUCCAACCGUACAGCCAGAUGUGGAUUAUACCGCUUGUGUGGAGUUCCUUAAGCGUCAGGCGAGCAGCCUGAAUCUGCCAGUGGAUGUGGUGUAUCCUGCGCUUCCAUCGAAGCCUGUGGUGAUCAUAAAGUGGGAAGGCAGCCAGCCGGAACUCCCCUCGAUCAUCCUGAACUCCCACACGGAUGUGGUCCCGGUGUUUCCUGACAAGUGGACUCACGAGCCAUUCAGCGCCGACAUAGAUGCCGAGGGUCGGAUCUACGCCCGAGGUACGCAGGACAUGAAGUGCGUUGGCACCCAGUAUCUUGGUGCCAUUCGAUCCCUGAAGGCCAGCGGAUUCCAACCCAAGCGGACUCUGUACGUGUCCUUUGUGCCAGAUGAGGAGAUCGGUGGCAAGUUGGGAAUGGCCGAGCUGGUAAAGACCGAGUACUUCGCGAAGAUGAAUGUGGGCUUCAGCCUGGAUGAGGGCGCUACGAGCGAGACGGACACAUAUCAUUUGUUUUAUGCCGAACGUUUGCGAUGGGGAUUCAAAUUGAAAUUCAACGGAACUUCUGGACACGGUUCCCUCUUGCUGCCAAACACCGCGGGAGUGAAGCUCAACUAUGUCCUGAAUAAGCUGACAGAGUAUCGCAGCUCGCAGGAAGAGCUUCUGGCAAAGGACCCGACCCUGAGCAAAGGUGAUGUCACCACCGUGAAUCUCACUCAGCUGAGCGGCGGAGUUCAGAGCAAUGUGGUUCCCCCGUUCUUCGAGGCGGUCUUCGAUCUUCGAUUGGCCGUCACUGUGGACGUGGUGGCCUUCGAGAAGCAGUUACGCGACUGGUGCAAAGAGGCUGGAGACGGCGUGGAAUUGGAGUUCAUCAUACAGGAGCCGUACGUGGCACCCACGAAGCUAGACGGAUCGAACCCUUUCUGGGUUGCCUUCAAGGCAGCUUCCGAUGAACUUGGAUUAAAGGUCCAUCCCAUCGUCUGCCCGGGUGCCACCGAUAGCCGCUACAUUCGCCAGAAAGGAGUCCCGGCCAUUGGGUUCUCACCCAUCAAAAACACCACUCUAAGGAUCCACGAUAAUGAUGAGUUUCUGCAUGCGGAUAUAUACUUGAGUGGCAUCGAAGUAUACAAGAAAAUCAUUCCAAAUCUAUCUAAUGCCUAGAACAUAUUGCUGAUACCAAGUGCAAGCCUCUUUUGUAAUAAAGAUUGAUCUUUAAAUAAAGAUUCGCUGAACAGAUUAA